AUGGAAUCUAAGGGUUACAAGAUUGUCUUCGCAGUUCUUCGUGUCUCAGGGUGCUCUGCUUGCGAGGAAGGAAGUGAAGAGUGGACAGGAAACAUCCUCUCCGGAAUGGUCUACCUUUCCCCAGUGACAACUUUCCGCAGGAUUUGCAAGAAGAAAUCAACAGAAGGGUUCCAAUCAUUUCCCUAUGUGGUAGCAUUGUUCAGUGCCAUGCAACUGAUCUAUUAUGCCGUUAUUAAGACCAACGCAUACCUUAUUAUCACGGUCAAUACAGCUGGAUGCAUUAUCGAGUUAACGUAUCUAACUAUUUAUCUUAUUUAUGCACCGAAGAAGGCCAAGAUUAACACAAUCAAAUGGAUGCUCCUAUUGAAUGUGGUGGUAUUCUCCUUAAUUCUUCUCAUAAGCCUCUUAUUCUUCAAGGGAGCUGACCGUGUAAAAGUUGUUGGCUGGUUCAACAUGUCCUUCUCAGUCAGCGUUUUUGCAGCUCCUUUGAGUAUUAUUAGACUCGUUAUACGCACAAAAAGUGUGGAGUUUAUGCCGUUCUUCCUUUCAUUCUUCCUCACCAUGAGCGCUAUUGCUUGGUUCUUCUAUGGUCUUCUAACCAAGGAUGUAUAUGUAGCGACACCAAACAUAUUGGGAUUCACAUUUGGAAUGAUUCAAAUGAUCCUCUACAUAGUAUACAAGGAUUUCAAGAAGGGCAAACAACAGGAAAACAAGCUUCCUGAGCAAGUACUUGCAGACAUCGCAAAGAUGAGCCCUGUCGGUGUAGAUGUGAGCAAAAUGGAGAUGGAGGAAAGGGACGGCAACAACAAGGAGUCAGCUAAUGGAAACAAGAGGGCUGGAGAUGCUGAUAUGGUUAUGAGCCAAGUGUAAGACUUGGAUCGAAGAUGCAAGAGCUAAGAGUGUUGCUAAUGCACUUGCUGCAUUUUCGGUGUUCUUAAUACGUAUAGUAUUCAGCUGUUCUAGUCACUAUUUUAAUUGUAGUAAAUGAUCUUUAUGAGCUUAGUUGGAGCAGUUCGAGCUGCAUACAGCUUCAGCAGUAGCAAACCGAAGAGUCUUCUCAUAGUAAAAAGGAAUGUUUCAACAAAAAUAACAAAGGCGCUUUAUUCUAUACUUUAUAUAAUAAAUUGUAUGGGCUAUAUUGAAGA